GCAAUGCAUGUAGGUUGAUAGCAACGGGUCUCGAGAUCGUCUAGGCAUACGCUCUGUAUUAGCAAACAUGUAUCAGCAAACAUGCCACAACCCCGAUUUCGAUUUCAAUUUCCUUGACUGCCUGCGUAUAAACAGUGAGUAUGCUCGUAGCAAGAUACCGAAAUAUCACUCAGACCCAUCAUACAACACACCGUCUACUCACUCACCGAUCCCAUCGCCCACCUCACAAAGCACCAACACCAAACGCUCACCCAACAUCGCAGCAAGGCAGACUCACCACACACCGACCUCUAAAUAUACACCUCCGGACCCAUCGAGGCGCAGGCCGAUCGACGGCGCGGCCCCGGGAUCUCCCUUGUGCCACGUUCACGAUCUGUAGAACAUUCGCCGGGCGGCACGGGGGUAUUUCGAGGAGUGCUACGUCAGCGGUGAGCAGUGCAGUGGAGGGGUCUCAGCGCGUCAGUGUCAGUGGGCGGAGCAGUGGUGGAGGCAGUGGGGAGUUGGGUGUUAGUUUUAGUGUGACUGCACAGGAGGGUUUAUUUAGAACGGGGGAGGUGGUGGUUAGGCGAGCGAGGUGCGGUGGUGUUGGUGGUGGAUUAGGGUUUGUGUGGCGGGGGAAAGUGAUGGUAGCGAGGCUGGUCAGCUCUGAUGGUACGGGCAUGCGUAAUCAGGAUCGUGCAUUGUGUGUACCACAAGACGGCCUCUGGUGCAACGCGGGACUCGUGCCGCCUGACGGACGGAAGUGCAAGGCGGAUUUAUGCUGAUCGGCAUUGUUCUAUGCAAUUUUCAGGCGGCGGCGUUGUGCAUGUCAGCAACAGCCCGAAGGCGCUGGAGGCACUGUGAGAUUGCGGCGCGGUGCAGGAGGAGGGCGUCCGGAGAGGCGUUGGAGCUGGUGUGUUGUUAUCGGCGAGAAGAUUUGGUGGAGUGUUGGUGGAUCGCUUGCCAUUGAGACAUGGGCUGUAAGCGCCGGUGGACACAAGAGGUCGUGGAGGAAGGAACGACUACACGCUAGAAACGGGAUUGAGCCGCAGCGGCCGGCGCACACUCGAGAAAGUUCAAGCUUGCAUUGAGAGUAGGUAUGGGCCCAUUGUGC